UCAACUUCCGGUAAACCACAUUGUGCAUGCCGCUAAUUCUCUCUCGAUCAUUCUCACGAGUCUCCAUUAUAUAUUGUUAAAGUUUAAUACAAGCCGGUUAAUCAUAAACGAUAAUUAAAUUAUUAUUAUUAUUAAUUUAACAUUUUAAAUAAUUAAAAGAACAAUGGGUAAACCACAAAACGGAAAAAAAAAUGGUGCACAAGGCAUGUCUCCAGCCAAGGCCAUUCAACAGGGACAAGUCAAAAAAAAUAAGCAAGAAAAAAUCAAGAAAACACCAGUUGGUAAAGUUCAAGUAAUUAGUAGCAAAGUCAUUAAUGGCAAAACAAAUGGUAAUGCUGUUGAUAAAAAACAAGCCAACAAUGCAUCACCAGCUAAAAAACAACAACAAAAUAAUCAAUCACCAAAAAAAAAUAACAACAACAACAAAAAAAAUAAUAAUAAAAAUCAAAAAAAUGUACCAGCACAAAAACAAAAUAAAAAAAAUACAAAAGCUGCUGUUGUUGCUGAAGAAAAAGAUGAUGAUGAUUCAGAAGUAAGUGAUAUUGAUGAAAAUUGUCCAGCAGUACCAGAAAUUGUAAGUGAAGAAGAAGAAGAUGAUACUGAUUCAGAUUCUGAUGCAGCAACUGCACCUACACCAGAUAUUUUACUUGGUCAAAGUCUUGCUGAAGAUACUGAUGAAGACGAUGAAGAUUUUGAUGAUGAAGAGGAGGAAAAAAAAGUUGUAUCUAAAAAUGGUAAAAAAAUGGGAGUUGAACCAUUCAAAGGUAUUAAAGUUGCUGAAGCUGAAGACAGUGAUGAUGAUGAAGAUGAUGAUGAGGAUGAUGAUGAUGAUGAUGAUUUAGAUACAACUGGUGCAUCAUCUGUUAAUUCUUCAAUGCUUACUACUGAGGACGAUGAUGAAGAUGAUGACGAAGACGAUGAUGAUGAUGAAGAUGACGAUGAUGAAGACGAUGAAGAUGAUUCUGGAUUAAAAGCUCUUAUUGGUGAUAGCAUUCUUGACUCUGAAAAUGACGAAGACUUUGAAGAAAAUGAAGAAGAUGAUGAUGAAGAUGACGAUGAUGAAGAAGAAGACGAAGAAGAUGAUGAUGAAGAAGUUGAUGACAAAGAUCUCAAUCAAAGUGCAACAUCAAUUGUUGAAGAUAAAAAUGGAAAAGUUCAACUUUUAACAAAAGAAGACAAAGCUGAACAAGACGCUAGAACAAUAUUCAUUGGUAAUGUACCAAUUGCUGUUGAUGAAAAAAAAAUAAAAGCAACAUUCAGAACUUUUGGACCAAUUUAUACUGUUCGUAUUAGAGGAGUUAUUCCAGAAUCACCAAAAGUAUCUAAAAAAGUUGCUGCAAUAACCAAAAAAUUCCAUCCAAAAGCAACAGCAAAAUGUGCAUUUGUUGUUUUUAAAUCAGUUGAUUCUGCUGACAAAGCAUUGUCACUUAAUGGUACUCAACUUGAGGGUAAUUGGUUGAGAGUUGAUAAAACCAACGCUGAUCGUCCAGUUGAUCCAAAAAAAGCUGUAUUCCUUGGAAAUUUACCAUUUAACCUUGAAGACAAUGAUCUUUGGGAAAUGUUCAACAAAUGUGGUAAAAUUGAUUGGGUACGUACAGUCCGAGACCGUAUUACUGGUUGUUGUCGUGGAUUGGCAUACAUCAACUUUGUCAAAGAAGAUUCAGUUGCUUUGGCAUUAAAUUUGAAUGGACAAAAAAUUAGAAAUCGUGAAAUGCGUGUAACACCAUACAAAAUUACUGAAAGAAAACCAAAACGUGCACGUUCAUCUGAUUCAACUGGUUCAUCACCAGCUAAAAAAACAAAACGUGAAAUUGCUAUUGCAACACACAACAGUAAAAGUGCUGAAAAACGUAAAAAUAACAACAACAACAAACGUUCACAAGGACAAAAACAAAGAUCAAUGAGUGCUGAUGGUCAAACAACACAAGCAACAACACAAGCAUCACCAAAAGCUUCACCAAAAGCCAAAAAAACAUUCCAAGGACAAAAAGCUAACAAUAAAAAACCAUUCAAAAAAGGAGCAAACAAAUUUGAAAAACAAAAGAAAAAUAUGGCUGCUAAAUUAACAGCUAAACCUAAAAAACCUGUUGAAAAUUAAUAUCAUAAACAUCAAUAAAUCUCAAUCAUUAACAUAAUUUUUCUUUUUUUAAAUAAACACAAGUCUUGUUAAAAUUAUCAUAUAUUUUUCACAAUUUUUCAGUCCAACUUAAUUUA